CAAAAAGAAAGGGAAAACCUCCCGCUCAUUUCCUCUUUCUUUCUUUCCAAAACUAAGACAACACAAAUCAAAAACCCUUGAUUUCUUUUUCUCAGUUCUCACUCCAAAACCUUUCUACCUCUCUCUUGCAUUUCCUUUUUCUCCAAAAAUAAAAAAUGAGAGAAGAGCAAAUAGAGAAGCUGCGAGGGGUAGUGCGCGACUGUGUGAGCAAGCACUUGUACUCCUCCGCCAUUUUCUUCGCCGACAAAGUCGCCGCUUUCACCAACGACCCCGCCGACAUCUACAUGCAAGCCCAGGCUCUCUUCCUCGGCCGCCACUACCGUCGUGCCUACCACCUCCUCAACGCCUCCAAAAUCGUCCUUCGCGACCUCCGCUUCCGCUACCUCGCCGCUAAAUGCCUUGAGGAAUUAAAAGAGUGGGACCAGUGUUUGUUAAUGGUCGGUGAUGCAAAGGUUGAUGAGCAUGGAGAUGUAUAUGAUACUAAAGAUUGUAACGUUAUGUACUUAGAUAAGGAUAGUGAAGAUCGCGAGAUCAAUAUUUCUGCAGCAACAUGUUUUCUAAGAGGCAGGGCUUAUGAAGCAUUGGAAAAUCGUGCCCUGGCUCGACAGUGGUACAAAGCUGCUAUCAAGGCCGAUCCGCUAUGCUAUGAGGCUUUGGAAUGCCUUAUUGAAAAUCACAUGCUCACAUGUGAAGAAGAAACAAGGCUGCUGUCCUCCUUGCAAUUGGGUCCAGAAGAUGGGUGGCUCUCGUCAUUCUACUCAUGCUUGAUAAAAAAGUAUGAAAAAAAGAGUAUUGUAGAAGCCAAAUUCAGAGAAGUUGAAAAAGAAAGCUGCAAUAGCAAUCCUUCUAGUCCAUCUAUCAAGCAUACACUAAAAAAUGAUACUGAUCUUUUGGCCUGCAAAGCAGAGUACUUCAAUCAGUGUGGUGAAUAUCAGAAGUGCUUUGAACUAACUUCAGACCUGCUUGAGAAAGACCCUUUUCAUUUGAAAUGUACCUUAGUACACAUAGCUGCUGCUAUGGAGCUUGGAAAUUCAAAUGAGCUUUAUCUUAUGGCAUCGAACUUAGUGAAGGAUUAUCCUCAAAAGGCUCUCUCGUGGUUUGCUGUCGGCUGCUACUACUACUGUAUCAAGAAGUAUGAUCAAUCACGGCGUUAUUUCAGCAAGGCUACAAGUCUAGAUGGAACCUUUGCACCUGCUUGGAUUGGCUUUGGGAAUGCUUAUGCUGCUCAAGAAGAGGGUGAUCAAGCAAUGUCAGCAUACCGCACUGCUGCUCGUUUAUUCCCAGGGUGCCAUUUACCAACUUUGUAUAUUGGGAUGGAGUACAUGCGAACUCACAGCUAUAAGCUUGCUGAGCAGUUUUUCAUGCAGGCAAAGGCAAUUUGCCCUUCAGAUCCACUUGUAUACAAUGAACUUGGUGUUUUUGCUUAUAACAUGAAGGAGUAUGAUAAGUCUGUGUUGUGGUUUGAGAAGACUUUGAAGCACAUUCCGUCUUUAAGUCAAUUGUGGGAACCAACUAUCGUUAAUCUUGCCCAUGCAUAUAGAAAGUUGAAGAUUUACCAUGAAGCAAUUUCAUAUUAUGAGAAAGCACUUACAUUAUCACCUAGAAGCUUGAGUACUUAUGCUGGUCUUGCAUACACUUAUCAUUUGCAGGAUGAGUUUACUGCUGCAAUCACAUACUACCACAAGGCUUUAUGGCUGAAACCAGAUGAUCAAUUUUGUACUGAAAUGUUGAGCUUGGCACUUGUAGAUGAAGGUCGUCGGGGCAUAGACCCCAAAAUUGAAUUCCGCUGAACCUAGUCAUUUUUAAUGACAUUAUGUAUACUCUUUUGUUCUUGUUGUAAUGUAUGUGGAAUCAGAAGUCCUUGAAUGGGUUGGUUCAUUUUGGUCUAUUUUAGAGUUGUGUAAUAUUACACUAGGGAGAGUUUGGCAAUACCAAUAUAUGUAAUUCUGUAUCGUUUGGUUUUAUCUAUUGACGCGACAACAAAACCAAAGUUAUUUUUAGCAUAAAAAA